CAGGACUGUUAUGCACAACCAUGUGCUUGCCCAGUUACAAUUUCGAAAACACUGCACUGUACCAUCCUGACGAAGAGUUAAAAACGACCUAGCUGCCUUCGUUCGUUCCCCAUUUUCAAACAAACAGCACAUUUUUAACCCAAAACUCAAUUGGAAACUGUGUCUCAUUCGCAUCCGUCGUGAAUCGAAAUGGCUGCAAGAAGUGCGCUGCUCAAGUACCUCAGAGUGAACGUGAGCCCUGUGCCACUGCUUCAAAAUCCUAGAGCUGGCGUCGGCGGCCUGUCGCCGCUCGUCAGACGCCAUUUCUCCGACGAGGCAACGGGCUCUUUCCUUGACAAGUCCGAGGUCACGGAUCGCGUCCUUUCCGUUGUUAAGAACUUUCAGAAAGUCGAUCCUUCCAAGGUUACCCCAAAUGCUCAUUUCCAGAAAGAUCUUAGUCUUGAUAGUUUGGACACUGUUGAAGUCCUGAUGGCCCUUGAAGAAGAAUUUGGCUUUGAGAUCCCAGACAAUGAAGCUGAUAAGAUCAACUCAAUCAGUCUUGCUGUUGACUUUAUUGCAUCUCACCCCCAGGCGAAAUAGUGGAAAAUUUGGUGCUGGCGUUUUGUUUUUCGGUCAUCAUUCUGGCUAUCUAUGCAUGACAAGUUCUUUAUAUGUCUGAAUAUAUCACUAUUUCGGAAAAAAUAAGCCAUUUUCAAGCCGAAACAUUGCAGAUCUUGCUUGUUAAAUUAAACCGUCUUGUGCUUUCUUUUAGUUUUCUUUUGGUGAACACAUUCCUGUUGUGCGUGAUUUGCUGGUGAUGGGAUCAAUGCGAAAUUCAAAUUGUAAUACGCAUUUGUGAGAUGUUUCGUGCUGGCUUAUUAUUGUUCUGUAGGACAAAUUUGCUGGUUGUUUUAGUUUCUGCUGGACAUGGAGUGUUUGGGAAAAAAGAAAAAGAAAUUAAGGAGAUUAUUAUUUGUUUGCUCUUACAUGCAGUGUUAAAUACAUAUUCUACAUGUGGUUGGAUCCGUAUUUUACCUUUUAAACA